UACGUGAGCUCGUAGAGUUUCGAAGAGUCGACAAAGGAAACUUCUAUUUACGAUAGAAGUUCUAUCUUAACUGAAUCACGAACUUGAUUACUUGAUACCGGUGAUUCUUAUACUGGUAUAAUGUUAGGAAAGUUAUAUCGAAACCGAUUACUAUCGAAAUAACGAUAUCGAUAAUUUGCUGAAACUACAAUAAAUACGGAUUAUAUUAAUAUUAAAACAUUAAUUCUCUUACUAUUUCAUUUAAUACGAAAUGGCGUUGAAUAUUAUUAAGCAGGUUUCAACGUGCUGUCGUAAUUCAGUAAUUAACAAAACAUUAAGGUCUUACAGUGUAUACGAGCCUCCUUAUUUAAAGUUGAAGGAAAGUGGACCGCCACAUUAUCCUACAUUAAAUAUACAGAUUAAAGGAUACGUAUUUUCUCUCCUUGAAAGUUAUCAAACUUUCAUUCAUAAAAUUGCAAAUAUAUUGGAUGUUGAUAUUAUAAAUAGUUAUCCUGUCCCCUAUCAAGAAUACAAGAUACAAAAAUAUAAAAAAUCAAGCACACAAGUUGAAAGCGAAUAUAUUCUUAAACUGUAUGAAAGAGAUAUGGUAGUAUCAAAUAUAACAUCCAUAAAAUGUCCCAUUUUAAUUCGAUUAUUAGAAGCAACUUUACCCGAAGGAGUCCAAUUACGCAUAGAUACGUUCUCCCCUGAAAUGGAAAAUAUACGUUACAUUCCUGAUAAAGAUUUACUUGACAUGCAAACUGAAUUAGAAUCUCUGAAAAAGCCAAAACAUUAAUAUAAAAUUUGUAUGCGAGAUCAGAAAUAUUUAAAUAUCACCGAUCUAUGUUACAGCAGAUAAAUUAUUUAGUAAUACA